UUACGGUCCAAGGAUACUAUACAAAUGUAUAUGAAUCAUGUGAUGGCUUGUUAAAAUGUGGUGUUAAUCAUUAUUGCUGAGCUAGCUGCUCUGCAGAAAAGUGGGUGGAUCUCAUAUUAUGCAAUAGUGACGCGUUUGUGCAGCUGGAAGAAGUCGUGCAUUCCUUCAAAAAUGUCUUCUGUUGUCCAACUUUUCUUGCUGAUUCUGCUCACCAUCAGUUCAGUGAACAGCAGGCAGUUAACGUUGGUCUACACUGCUGAGUACAUUGAUGACCUUGUGGUAAUCACUUUGCAAAAUGCUGAUGAAGAGAGCACUGAUCACGUACCUAAUCUAGGAAAUCUCGCGGCCUCUCAAAUCACAAUUUCGGACUGCACUCCCGGCACACCCUCACAGGACGGCCUCCUCCCUGCUGUCUACACACUCAUCACAGUCUCUUCACUCUCCCUAAGCAGCUCUGGCAUCCCUACACUCUCGCUCUCCGUCCCCAGUUAUCUAGGGGCUGGCGGGUGCCUGGAGGUCGUCGUGCAGCCUUUGUGGUUGAGAGCUGGCCUCAUUGUGCUGGAACUAAAGAGAAUAAUCAAGCUAACAACUGAGAGCAGAAACAGUACUGAGCUGUUCUGCCCCACAGGGCAGUGUGAGGUGUUGGACACCAGCUGGCUUGGCUGGGGUGGAGCUAGUCUUGUUCGCAACCUCACAAAUGGAGCGUACAGUCUGGUUCACUAUGAUCAAACUUCUAUAGAUAACGGUACUCUAAUACCGCAUCCUCUACCACGUUGCCUGGACAAUGAAACUAGCAUGGCUACAACUUGGAGGACGGUAGUGACCAAUGAAACAACCUGUCGUGAGGUCUUUACUCCCAGUAGAGUCUUCGUUGCCUCAAAGAGAAGUGUGUUUGUGGUUGGAAAUGGUCUCCUAUACAGUCCAGACGAUGGCACCGACCUCUACCAGCUGGUCACACCCGACUACGCUAACGGGAGGGUACUCAGUUUUGCUGUCUCUUUGGUCGGAAGAAUGUUUUCAAUGAUUCUUCCCCCCCAGGUCCAGAACGCAUCAACGGCUCUGUACUUCGGGUUCGUGGGCAGUAGCACUGUUUCUAAGCUCUACCCCUCAUCGUUGUUGGACCACCUCCUGGAGUUGGGCUACGAUCUCAAUCUCACUGCCGGCUCUGUAACGUUUGACAAUGGACAGCUGUACCUAACCAUAGAUUCUUCACGACUAAGACUACCACUAGAAGUGCUAUUGAACCAGGAGUCCAACAGAGGGGCACUCACUUUCACACAGCCGCAACAACACCGGCUCCUCCGCCCACGCAUCCACAACCUCACAACUGGCAUAGAUGAGUGUCCAUACCAAGACGUCCGUAUAGAGGCACCUGUGUGUGGGCGGAUCACACGCACAACGUACUUUGUGGAGAGAGUGGGGGUACUUCGGUGGACCACAGGCCAACUCUCGGCAACUACGAACUGUUCAAUAAUGGCCGACAGGGUUCCUACACAAAUAUUCCUGAAGAAAUGGGAUAACUAUAAGCUUAGAGUACAUUUUGAGAUCAGUCCAACGUUCAAUGACCCUGCCAAACUGCUCAUCACGCCGAUAGUCUCAGACCCAGACACAGUUCAAGUGACUAUCACCUCCAUCUACAACCCCAUUAGUAACAUUGUCAGCUUCACCAUCGUGAUGACUGAGAGUGGACGACUGAGCAGUCAGUGGAGUCCAGGUGCAGUAGCUGUGGAAACAGACCUCACACUGAAUGUGUGGGGGUCUCAAAGAAACUGUAUAGACGUUUAUUCCAACUCCCCCUUAACACCAGAUUACAUCGAGACAACCGUUCAUGUGGGAUGCCCUCCAGGCCUUUCUCUGACCUUUGACCCUGUGGCAACCCACUCCCAGUUUGAGCAGCACUGUCAGAGCACAGCCAACAUCUCCUGUUACUACUUCAGGCAUGAAUUUCGACCAGUAUUCAAGUUGGUGGACGUAGUAACGAGCCAGGAGAAUAUCUACUCUGGGCUGUACACCCUGAGGGCAUUGUCUGGGGGAGUUGACCUAUCAGAGAUGACUCAGUUCCAGCCCAGCCAACAAGUGGAGAUGAGUAUUUGGACCCCAGUGAACAGUAGCAAGAAGUUAGCACCUGUGUAUCACUAUGGAGACAAUGCCAUCAGGUGGGCGUGCAGUACGACCAGUCCUUGUGGUGAGAUCAUACCACGGAACGCAAAAACAUCCGAAUAUUACCUCCUCAUUGAGGCGUCCAAUUGGUUGGUGUCACAGAAUAGCACAUAUUGUCAUUACUCAGUCCAGUUCCUGAUCCGGGUACACGGUAUGGGAAUGGGAGCAGUCACCACUGUCGCCUCACUCGUGGUGUGCACGACGAUCAUUGCCCUGCUGGUAACGGUUGUGUUCCUGUGUUGGCUACGAAGGGACAAGCUCGUCUACUGGAGGGACAGUCUCAUGGUUGUCCUGAAGAGACGGUGUGGAGGAUGGGGGGAGGGCACUCGGACAAGACUACAAAAGAUAGCAGCUCGAGCACGCAAACUAAACUCAAGCAAAAACUUUAACAAACUUUGAACUUUGAUAAUAUAAUAAUUAUAUAAUAUUAUAUAUAUAUAUAUAUAAUUAACGAUAAUUAUCUACACAUUGACAACUUUCACUGUCUUCGCUUUCUCAUUCUAUCACGUUUAUGACUAA